AUGCAGAGAGAGUGUUUAAGACAUUAUUGGUUAAUAUGCACAACGAAAACAUUGAACCGUGUCCAAGAAUUUUCUCAUGAAAUACUAAGAGUAACAGAACAAGAGCUUUUAAAUAUUUUGCAGAUACUUCGAACAGUCGAUUAUAAACUCAAACUUGCAUCUAUAUUAAAAGAAUUUCCAUUUUAUCAUUUCGAACCGACAUUAUAUCCUAAUAAUAGAUCUCAAUUAAUAGAAUCAAUCAAUAACUUUAAUGAAAUGAGUAAUCAAGUGAAUUUACUUGAAACUUUUAAACAUCUUUCAAAUUCUUCAUUUUUUAAUGAAAAUCAAACAAAUUUAUUACAAAAUUUAUUCACCGAUGCCGAUCAAUUAGAUAUGGUUAACGAUUUUCUUUUCAUUUUUCAACACAAUUUAAAUUUAAUAAAUAUGGACGAAAAACAUCUUGAUACCCUAACAAAACAGAUCGAGAAGAUAGAACACGUACUUAUUCAAAUUCCUCGAUCCUAUUUAUAUGACAUUACCUUCAAUUUUUCUAUUGUCGUUGAAAAAAUCAAAAUAAAUCACUUCAUAACCCCUGAUAAGUCCGACGUUUUAGAUAUAAUAUAUCAAUCCAAAAGUCGAAAUUACUUGCUAAAUUUUCAUUCUUCAACACCAUAUGAAAAGAAAAACUUUAUAUAUACAAUUGAACAACAAAUAGAUGCUUUUAAUACAUUCUAUGAUCCAAUAUUAGUAGAAGAAAUAUUUAAUAAGCUAGAGAAUUGUCAAGACAUCAAUAGUUGGUGUGAAAAUAAAAAAUUAAUAGAAUUUAUUAGAUGGACGACAGACAAUCUCGAACGUUUUGAACAUAACACAAUAGAAAAUAUUUUACAAAAAAUAACAAUUAGUGAUCUUUGUAAUGCACUUCAAUUUCUAAAGGAUAAUUUUUGA